CACUUCUUUACGCAGAUACCACAACCGAUGCAUAAAAACUCAGAGAUGAACGAUAUCUUAUCAGUUGAUUUGACUUCUAUGCAAAGUUUGCCUAGAGGUCCGUUAGCACGAGCACUCCGCCGAUGCUUCGGGUGGAGGCGCACCCAUUUUGACCACAGGACAUGA